CUUGAUCUAAUUCGCUUCGCAUGCUGUAGCCCGUCAAAAGCCGAAAGAUAUGCAGCUUUGAAAUUUGGACAUUUUGCUUCUGACUUAUUUCCAAAUUUAAAAUACUACACAUUGACUUUUUCAAUUUUACAAAAUUCAUAAAUUACUCUAAUGGAUAACUUGUGGGUUGAAAUAUACAGACACGAUACUCUCUGUCAUUACAACUAUGUAAGCUAUUUUAAAUUUUACACACAAACUCAAGAUAUAAUUAUAGUGUGACUGUGAUACAGCUUUGAGCUUCUCUCCCUUUGGUUUAUGAUGAGCUCGAUUGUCAACGGUCAACUGGUUGAAUCCCAAUCUCCUCAAGAUCCGUUUCCGCCGCUCGUUUCGUUUCACAGAGCUUCCAAUCUAAUUAAACCCACUGUGUUGGGGUGAAUCAAAGUCGGUGUAGCAAUAUCAAUAUACAUACUACCAAUUAAGAAGCAUCGAAAAUAGGUAAUUGAGAUAGCCACUUUAAGCUGAAAGUUUUCCCAUGGCUUUCCAUAGUGGUGGUAGUACUGUUCUUCCCUUAUUCUUUCUUCUCCUUCCAAUAUUACUUACAACAUUGUUGUUCCCCUUCCAGGCUUCUCAAGCCGAAGCAUUAGCAACAACUUCUUCAAAUAGUACUAAUAUCAUCCUCCGAGUGACCAAAGACCCGGAAACCCUCCAACACACCACCAUUGUUCAACAACGAACUCCCCUCGUCCCCAUCAAGCUCGCAGUUGACCUCGGGGGCGAAGCCCUCUGGGUCGCCUGCGAAGAAAACGGGUACAAAAGCUCGUCAUUCGAGGUCGUGCGCUGUGGUUCCGCAACCUGCGCCACCGCCGGCUUCACAUUCUGUGCGGACAGCUGCGCCGCGAACCCCCGGCCUUGGUACUGCGACAGGAACGCGUGUGUCACCACCCCGGUGAACCCUUUCACCAACAUCCACGGCUACGCCUACAGCGGAGGUCAGGCGGCCGACGAUGUCCUCGGCCUCCUCCUCCUCCUCGGAUCAUCAAAUGCCGCCCGAGGGCUUGCUUUGGCGAAUCGUUUCGUGUUCACUUGCGUGCCGGUUUGGUUCUCCGAGGGCCUAGCCAGAGGAGUUAAGGGGAUAGCCGGGCUCGGGGCUAACCCGGGCGCGCUUCCAACUCAGCUCUCGCAUACUUUCAACUUCCUUAGAAGGAAAUUUGUUGUCUGUUUAAGUUCAUCCACUAAAUCAUCCAGCGGCUUUGUAGCUUUCGGGGAAUCAGUUCCUCUUAAGAGUGACAUCUCCAAAUCCCUGAUUUAUACUCCUAUUGUUAAACAUCCAGUUGGAAAGAAGUAUAACCGAGUGAGGGAAUUCUCGGAGUAUUAUGUUGGCCUAAAAUCAAUCAAAAUCAAUGGCAAACCCGUCCCACUGAACACCACAUUGCUGUCAUUCGAUGAAGGCGGAAACGGCGGGACGAAAAUCAGCACAGCUGAUCCGUACACCGUUUUGGAAAGCUCCAUUUACCAGAACGUAAUCAAGGCUUUCCUCAGAGAAAUCCCUUCAAAUGUAGCACGAGUCGCGCCAGUGAAACCUUUCGGGGCAUGCUUCAAAUUAGGUUCAUUAGUAGUACCUCCCAUUGAUCUGGUCUUCCAAAGCAACCAAAAAGGUGGUUCUUCUUCAGUGUGGAGGAUUUCGGGGACAAACUUGAUGGUGCGAGUUAACAAAGAUGUGGCGUGCCUUGGCUUUGUGGAAUAUCGCAAGAAUCUCGUGAAUCGGGCAGCCGUUUCGAUCGGCGCGCAUCAGAUUGAGGAGACUUUGCUUGAGUUUGAUCUCAUACUGUCCAGAGUUGGGUUUAGCCCUUCUCUUUUGUCCAGAAAGACAUCAUGCGCCUUGCAACUCCAAAUUUGAAUACAUAAUAGUGUUUUUUUUUUAAUUUUUAUUGACAUAUGAAUACAUACUAGUUUGUUUGUUUGAACAGCAACUUUGUUUUUUCAAUAAGUAAUGAUACUUCAGAAGCAAAUUAUAUAUUAGUAUACAUUUGUUUGUGCCAAGUAAUUACUACUACAUUACUUGUGCUUAAUUUUUUGCUCCAUAUUCUCAGUUACUAUUUGCUAACAGAAAUUUAGUCAAUCGAAUUAAGAUAACCUGAAAACGACAAUAGAUUUUCCGCAACUUCACUGCUUAAGAUAACUUCUCCGUUACUGCUAUCUUUUCCAUCUGCUUCUGAACGAAGGAGUGUGUGGUUGUUUGGACUUGGGAGGCUUUUGUCAAUUUCAGAAAUCAGAUUAAAAAUUCUAGAAAGAAGUUUUAAGGCAGUCAAUAAAAUAUUGCAGGAUGCCGUCUCCAUAGAGAUUCGAUGGCCGGUUUGUAAAUUAAUUAAUGUAUUCAUUAGUCCCGCAUCGGCCCCGUGGAAGGCCAAUUACCAGUAUAAAUUAAGGCGCAUUAAGACGGUAGAUUGUCUGAAUUAGAAGAUGCUACUCGGUAGUUUACUCUCUAAUGAUUAGGGACAUUAUACCCUCGCACUUGACCAGGCUUGGUCAAUAGAGAGGGAGUUCGAAUUCGGCUCGACAAGCUCGAAACAAAUAGUUCAGAUAUGAAUUUCUUCCCUCUUCCGUUGAGGCAUUUCUACAAACACUUAAACUGCAGAUAGCUUGUCAACGUGCUAUUACCUCAAAACCUUCAAGAAAACAUCACCCUCGGUUUACAAAUUGGAGAUAACAUCAGUACUUCUCCUUAAGGUUCUCACCAACAAGGAUAAAAAGAAAAGACCCAUUUGGAAGAAAUAAUGAAAACUUAUUUCUUAUAUUUCCUUAAGGUUCUCACCAACAAGGAUAAAAAGAAAAGACCCAUCUGGAAGAAAUAAUGAAAACUUAUGUCUUCUAUUGAAAGUCAAAAGAAAAGAAAGUGAAUUCAAAGAUAGGGAGGGCUUUGUUUGGAAAUUGGUUAGACUGGAAGUUUGAAACUGAAGAAGAAAAAUUUUGCAGACUAGAGAGGUUGGGGGUAGAGAAAGGCGGAGGAAUCCAGGAGAGAAGAGGGAG